AUGGGUCUAUUGGGCGUGUUCGGCAAUGCACUCGUUCUCCUCGUUAUCGUGGUCGUUCGUGAUCUUCACGAUGUCACCAAUGUCCUGAUCGGCAAUCAAUCUUUGAUUGAUCUAUUGACGUCUCUUCUUCUCCUAGCCAGCUUUGUCGCACCUCUACCACCUCUACCAACCAAUAACCCAGCACUUGCCCGGUUUAUUUGUGCAUUUUGGCACUCCAAGUUUCCUUUCUGGUUACUGAUCGUUGCUAGUUCGCUCAAUCUAACGUUAAUGACACUGGAGCGUUACUACGCCAUCGUAUUUCCACUUCAUUACCACAGUCGAACCAAGUCAGCAAGGUUCAUAUGCCUUGUCGCUCUACCCUGGUUGUCUGGAUUCGCCUGUCAGCAAAGUCUCAUGUGGUUCACGAGGGUGGAAGAAGAUCAAUGCAUGCUGUUCCGGUUCCCGAACAAUGCGACAAGAAUUGGUUUCGCUUUCGGCGCCGCGUUUCUGGAGCUAGUCCUGCCGCUCGCAGUCAUGGUAUUCUUGUACACCUCCAUAUUCAUCAAGCUGAAGUCAACGGUGGAGGAAAAAAGAGGACCAGAGAGAACCGAGACUCGGAAAAAUCCGUUUCGCAAACCCGUAAAACUCGACGCGUCGACCACCGAAGCCGUGCCCGAAGAAAUGUUCUAA